GUGAAGUCAACCCAGAAAGAUUAUCUUCGUGCCGCUGUGCCGUCCUCGAGGACCAUCACCACUAGGAGCAAAUGGCCAGAUCUCCUUCGCUGCUGUUUCUGCUCAGUCUGGGUCUCGGCUGCUGUGCGAUCCAGGACCAAAAGUACAGGAUGACAGCCAAGUUUCGGGACAGCAAGAUCACACACCCCCAGCUGAGGCAGCGGCUGGAGCUGGAGUGUCUGCCUAUCGACAAGGAUAGCGGGAUAUCCUGGAUCCGCCAGGACAAGCAUGGCACCCUUCACUUCGUAGUGUUCAUUAGCACCCUGUCUCGAACGACCUUUAAAGGGAACACAGAAACAUCUACACGCUUUGAGGCAACGAGAGACAGCAGAACCUCCCGACUGGUCGUGAAGUCUUUCCUUCAGCAGGACGAGGGGAAUUAUUUCUGCCUCAUCAACAAUAACCAAAUACUGUAUUUCAGCACUGGCCAACCUGUCUUCCUCCCAGUCACAACCACAAGGGCACCCACCACAGCUGCACCCACCACCCUGAGCAGCAUCCCCAAGGCAGAGACCCGCCAGAAGACGCCCGCGCCAGAGACAAGCAAGGAGGAAGUCCUGAAUUUCUCCUGUGACAUUUUCAUCUGGAUUCCCUUGGGCUGCGGCUGUCUCCUUCUCCUCAUUGCCCUGCUGAUCACCAUCACCCUGUGUCAAAAAACCAGGAGACGAAGAUGCAGAUGCAAAAGACCUGCAAACAGGAAGCCCCAGGGGAAGCCCGGCAUGCCAAACCGACAUAUAUAAGCGGCUCCACCUUUUUGCUUCUGGAUUGACUUCAGGGAGCCACCACUGCGUAAAACCAUCACCUACCUUAUCCAUACUGCUAACACUUCCCACAGGCUCUAUCCUGUCACAUUUGAAAGGACGAGAGUUAGAAGGAGCAGAGAGCCACAGCGAGCUAGCAGGCACCUCCGCCGUGAACCACAUGCUAAAACACAGCUCCUUCCAAAAUUUGUCUGAGUCUCUCAGGUCAGUUCCCAAGACCAAAUGCCACCUUUAUUCCCAAUGACAGAGCCCUGUGGUGCAGGCAAAAGGAACAGGUUGAUGCUGAUGCUGCCAUACAUCAGCGCUAACUCAACGAGAAAUAUGGGUGUUGUGGACCUUUGCUCAAGGACGUGCAAUGAUUCUUCCUAAAACGCAGCAAAAAGUUGAAUUUGCCACAAGAACGACUUAGAAAUAAAAGCCCUCCCUUAACACACCCUCUUUUCAUGGUGCCAUGCAUCUCCUAGAGGUUUUACUGUUUCACCCAGUAUAACACAAUGUUGCACUAAGAAGGUAAACGCUGAUUAAAAGGCUUUACUUUUAUCACAGUCCAGGAGGCUAAAGUUUACUGCUUCCCUCUUGCUGCCCUUGGUCGGCUGCUAGCCCCACUUCCACUUGUUUCAGCGGGAGCUUUCCCCGAGCAAGGCACGUGGGGUUUUCUUUCUUUCUGGAAGCAAUGGCUGAGCAGUGAAAAAGCCUGUGCCACUUGCUUUGGUUAAGGAGGAUUUCUGGCAUACCAGCUUAGGGCAUGCUGAUACAACAAGAAUGAGAUUAGUGUUUUUUCAGCUCUGUAUUUAAUGUACAUACUUCCUUAUUACACUUGCAGAUUAAGAACUGAGAAAAAAUAAAACAAUAUUUCC